AUGCCAGACAAAAUGAGUACGAUGAAAGCCAAGGUGAAUCAAUCAGACAUGAAGGAGAAAAUGCAACAAGAGGCUGUCAAUGCGGUUGCUCAAGCCAUUGUCACGGAAGAUUCUGCUGUUGCUGUAGCAACUGCAAUACGGAAACACUUUGACGCCCACUUCGGUCCCUCAUGGACUUGCAUAGUUGGUCGGGAUUUCAGCAGCUCCUUUGCAUACGAAAAGAAAAAGCAUAUUUCCUUGGAAAUGGGAGGCCAACAAAUUCUACUUUUCAAGAGUGCUUAG